CUGUCGAUAUGAGUUGUAAGAAAAAAAAACCAACAAAAAAAACCAGAAGCGUCAACUCGUCAAAAGGUUUGGGGACAAGAGGGGGACUGAGAGAGCUCAGUUGUCGCCCGGUUGUUGUUGAAGUAGUGUCUUCUUGGAUCUGGUGAGUGUACAUCAACUCUUCGUAUCUCGCGAAAUAUCAAAUUAAGGAAGCUUUGAACGAGAUUAUGGAGGCACUUGUGAUUAUUUGAAGCUGCUUUGCUGAAGGACGAGAGGGCAAGAACAAACAAGUAUACAUCAUAAAAUAAACAUAAGAAAACAUAAAUGAAAUGUUUCAUCUGACCAUAAAAACAAAGAAUGCAUGAUGAACUCCAGCUUUGAAAAGGGCGAUGAAAAUCACUGCCCAUAUUUUGAUACUUGACAUAUUUAAAACAUGUCAAAAAGAAGAUGGUUUGUACUAUGGCUUUUCUUCAUUGCGUACUUAUUUCUUGGUGCGACAAUAUUUUACACAAUAGAGAGGGGACUGGAAGAACAAAGACGAUCUGAAAAACUUAAAGCAGAUAAUGAAAUUGAAAGUCUCCUUUUGGGAUACUGUUUUACUGGGCUAUUAGAAUCCAACAAUAGAGAAAGAGGAGCACAAACAUUAAUAACAAGGGUUUCUUCCUAUUGUGGAAAACCAAUAGUAAAGCAUCUAUUAAAUGCCACAAAAGCAGAACCUUAUAAAUGGACCUUCUAUAAUUCUUUUUUUUUUUCUUUAACAACUUUAAGCACUAUAGGAUAUGGAAAUCUAUCACCUACCUCCAACCUGGGAAAGAUCUGUGUGAUAAUAUAUUCACUUGUUGGAAUUCCAUUGAAUGGAAUAGUGUUAACACAUCUUGGAGAAUUCUUUGGUUCUAAAUUUUUAAGGGCACAUCAUCGUUACAAAAACCAUACAUAUGAGUCACGUUUCACUCUAAUUUUAGAUAUACUUGUAUAUCUCCUCCCUGGUAUGGGAGUAUUCAUUUUGGUUCCUUCAGUUAUUUUCCAAUACUUUGAAGAAUGGUCAUUCAUAGAAAGCUUAUAUUUUUCAUUUGUUUCUCUAACUACUAUUGGAUACGGAGAUUUAGUUGCAGGACAGACAGCAACUGAUUCUGUGGGUGAAGUUAUUUAUCAAGUAUUUCUGGUUAUAUGGAUCAUGUUUGGACUUGGAUAUCUUGUUAUGAUUCUUGGAUUCAUUUCUCGAGCUAUGAGAUCAAAGCAUAUAAAUAAGUUGGAACGCAAAGUAGCUAAUACACUCAGACAAACCCAGUCCAAAAUUUGGAAUGAAUUUGUAACAGACGUGAAUUACUUAAGAAGAGUACUGAAUGAAUUAUAUCUAAUGAAAGUAAAGCCAGUAUACAAAGGAAAAAUGAUAUCCUCAAGACCUUUGAGCCAGAGCUGCCCUAAUUUGAGUGAAUGGCCAGUUCUUCGAUCCAAGAAUGAAAUUGAACAAGAUCUUCUUAAUGUUGAAAUGCCUAAAAGAAGAAGGGCCAUGUCUGAAAAUGAAAAACCGCGUCUUCAAAGAGUUUUCUCUGACGGAGCCCUCCAAAGUAUUGAUAGGCAAGCUACCUUUCCAGGACAUUUUGAUCCUUCUGGGAUGUUUAUUAACUCAGCUUUUGGAGCUGGAAGUGAAUCUGAUUCUGAGGAAUAUAAGGAUGGUGGAAUUCAUGGGUUCACUGACGAAGAAAUCUUAGCUUCAGAAGACCAGAACAGCACCAAAAAUAGUGUUGAUAUGACUUGGUCAAUAGGCGGAGCACCGCUAAGAAGACCUGGAAGAGCCAUGUCUGAUGCUCAGUUUAUAAGCGGAGGUCUUGGGCAACAGAAGACAUGGGCGGGAGUUGAAUCACUCCAUCAAUUUGCUGUUCUUCGAGCUAUGAGAGCUAAAAGUAACGAAUGGCCGAGGGACCAGGAGAUGGGCUUGGGAGAUAUAGAACCUCCAAGAUCUGGUCUUAGACGAUUGUCAAUAGCUGCUUUAAAUUUUUUCUCGCCUACCAGCAAAUUGAAGAAGAAGGCAGCUGACAUUGCUAGGGACUCAGACAGUAACAAAAAAAGGAAAACUGGAAACAAUUUCAAUAAAAUCCCUCAUAAACACAGGCUCUCUCUUCAGGAGCAAGGACCCAACGAUAUGAAUGAUAUUGCAGACCAGCUGAAUUACCUGACUCAUACAUCAAACAGACGUCCGAGCAUCCUUGACCUUUUUGCUACUCCGCACGGUACCAACACUCCGAUCAGCCCAGUUUUGGAGCAGACAAGCAUCGCCGAUUUCAUCAGAGCUGUCAACUCCCUGAAAACGUAUCAGAUGGAAAGCAGCCGUGCAUCGAGUCCCACUUCAGCCUUUCCAGGAAAUUUAUUCCAAACAAAAGACGUGCCAAGAAACAGAACAAAGUCAACAGUCUCUAUGGAGUAUGCUAUUCCAAAGGAACGGAGGCAUUCCCAGCUUCCCCAUACGGGACAUUCUAGCGAUGGGCAUUUUAACCGUAGAAGAGCAGCUUCAAUAUCUCCUAUGUACCCAUUGGUCAAUCCAGUCGAUAGGAGGUUUAAAAAAGUAUCAACUGCUUCAAAAGCUAGUCCUUUAAAUAGUGGCCGAGCUACUCCGACCAGAUUUCCGCCAACACCAAGUGUAGUAGUAACUAGUCCAGACGGCCGUCACCGAUUUUCAAUACAUACUGUUGAAUCGCCUAGAUCCUAUCUACCUAAGCCAUAAAAUAUAAUUGUAUACUCACUUAUUAGUUUCAUGUAUAUAAUUUUUAUAAUAAUUAAUUAAAAAAGUUAAAGUAACAAAAUUGUAUAGCUGGUAAAGUAUGUUUAAGGAUAUCUUGCCACUGGAACAACUGCUGUUUCUAAGAUUUAAUGAUGACCUAAUAAGAAACAUCAUUAUAUGCAUUUAUUGAUAAUAGUGAUACAGAGUAUUACUGCCCUCAUUGUACAGUAUGACAUUAAUCCCAUAACUUAAUUAUUUUUUGGGUUUAAGAAACUCAAUAAAGGUAAUAAUAAUACCUUAAAAAACUUACAAAAAAUAAUUAUUUUGUGGGUAUAUAAGGUUAAAUUAAUUUUAAUUAUGUAAAAUGUUUCUUUUUCAUUCACAUUGAACCGAACACCAUCUAUUCUAUAUAAUUUAAAUAUAUUUAUUCAAGAAUUGUAUAUACUUGUAAUUAUAUUUUGUACAUAUUGAAAAACUAUACUUAAUUUAUAAUAAAGAAAUAGAUAUUUUGUUCAUAGCUAAGUUAAUAAAUAGAAAAUGAAAUCUAGAUUGGAUAACUAAACUGAAUUUAAUUAUCUAUUUGACCAAUAAUUGAUAUUAUUUAUAUAUAACCCUCAAUAUU